UAUCUUAGUGAUGUCCCUUGAAUAUCUAGUGUGCCGCUCUACUGUGUUGUCAGUCAAUGUGUUGCUAUGAGUGAGGCUUUAGAGAUGUCGUGUCUUCGUAGUUCUACUCUGUAUGAAUAUUAAAGUGUUUGUAACAAGAAGAAAAAAAGCAUAGAGCACAAACAUGGGAUGGUUUUCAUAUGAGAGAAUGCCGCUGACGGUAUUCACGUUCUGGGGACUUGUUACGUUGCUGUUUGCUGCACGUGUGUCUAAAGCUGGCGUGGGACUCUCAGACGUGAAGGCCCCUACCAACAGGCCACCUACAAUCACCUGCCCAUGUGUCAACAAUGUCUACACGGCCAGACGUGAGACUUCAACGGUCGUCACGUGGCCAGCACCCUCAGUCUGGGACCCAGAGGACGGAAACAUUACCGUGCAUCAGACUGGCGGCAAUAGGUCAGGGUCAGAGUUCGAGGCUGGGACUCACCUGGUGUUGUUUGAAGCUGUGGACAGCGGCAGGCUGAGGGUCACGUGUCAAAUACAAUUUCAAGUUCUGGUGCGUAAAUGCCCUGAGAUGUCAGUCACCAACGGUUACAGUGAGUGCAGCCACGACAACAUCUACGGGAGUGUGUGUCGCUUUCGGUGCCACCCAGGGUUCGAGACCACCGGGGAGACUGACCCCGGCCCCCAUACGAAUGGAGAGAUGACGGCGUCCUGUGAAAUUGACCAGAGAUGGGUGGGCGUGGCAAGCCAAGAGAUAAUCUGUGAAAUGAUACAGUGCGAGCAGCCGGUUGUCAGAAACGGUCAGCUGAUCUGCAAAUCCGUGAACUACAACUCGGUCUGUUUUCUGUCAUGUGAUGCGGGCUACAAUCCCAUUGGUCAGCAGCAAACGUUGUGCUUGGCCAAUAAAACAUGGACACCCUAUGGACAAUGUCGAGACGUUCAACCACCAACCAUUUCUUGCCCGACCACUAUAGAAGCACCAGCUGGGCCAAAGCUUGGAGAGGCUGUGGUCUUCUGGGACAUGCCGGAAGUGUCCGAUAACUCCGGUCUGGACACGGAAGUUGUCAGUGACGUCAUUUCCGGAUCCAACUUCAGCGUGGGAAAACACGUCGUAACAUUUACAGCAACAGAUGCUUCUAAAAAUAGUAACAUGUGCAAGACUUUUAUCAAAGUCGCAGUAAUCUACUGUCCAGAAUACACACCAGCCUAUAAAGCAGACGUGACCUGUUCCCAUGGUGCCGCCUACGGCUCUGAAUGUAUCACCACGUGUCACCCUGGCUACGAGUUACGUAACGUCACAGAGCGUGCGCAGACAUGUUUAUUGAACCAGUCAUGGAGCUACGUCAAACCUGGCUGCAGACACUACAUCAGCAUCAAAACUGCAGCACCCAAUUGGGAUAAAUAA